AUGGUUAAGUUUGCUCAAGUCGUCCUAGGUCCAGCCGGAGGCGGAAAAAGCACUUAUUGCGCUGAAUUGCAAAGAUAUUGCAAUGAUAAGAAACGUUCAUUGCAUGUUAUUAACCUUGAUCCAGUAAGUGCCAUUUCUACCUUUUUCGGUACAAACCAUCAAACAGCAACCGAGCCAUAG